GAAUGGACGAUCGGAAGGGUUGCCUGCGACAGCUGCGCCGUCUGCUCUGUGCCGCGGAUUGCACUGCGCGACAGUAGUAUUGUUGCUUCGCGAGGAAACACUCAGGAAUUGGCCCCGCCCACUCAGUCUCAAGACUGGAGUCAGAAAAGUUUUAUUUUUUUAUCGACUCGGAUUACCAUUUCGUCUGUUGAUUCUCUCGACUGUUAUUUAAUAAAGAAGGAAGAGGGGACAUACGAGGUGAAGAAUGGCUAGUGCUCCUCCAUUAGAAUACUCCCCUAAUGUAAUGGGGCCUCAACCCCCAUCAUAUCAAGAAACAAUGGGCCUUCCCUAUCCCCCAUCUCCUGCCUACCCACAGCAACCUCCACCUGACGGGAACUUUGGAAAGGGACCAGUGCCUAUGUAUCCAGCACAGGUUCCUGCUGCUCCAUCUGUUACAAACCAGACGGUACAAACCGUCUAUGUGCAGCAUCACAUGAACUUCCUUGAUCGCCCAGUUCAGACGCUAUGUCCUGUCUGCCAACAGAUGAUUACUACACAGUUGGAGUACAGUUCUGGAGUUCUAACAUGGCUUUCAUGUGGAGGUCUCUUCAUCUUUGGGUGCCCCUGUGGCUGCUGUCUGAUUCCAUUCUGUGUCGACAGUCUCAAAGAUGUGACUCACUGGUGUCCAAACUGUAAAAGCAUCCUUGGGGUCCACAAACGUUUGUAACUCCUUCAUAGAAGGCAAUCUGAAUUGUGAUUUGCUAACAUGCCUGAGCCAACAUGGAUAUAGUUUUAACAAAAAUCAAAAAAACAAGCUUUUUCAGUUUCCUUA